AUGUCAGUGCAGUUGUCAUUGGUCGAGAGACGAUAUUUUAAUUUCUUUCGUUUAAUAAUUUAUUUUCGUAGAUAAAAUAGAAGCAUUUCGUAUUGUACUAAGUACACCACAAUCUGAAAUGUAAUAAUUUCGCCAUUAAAAUGUCGUAAUCAGUGUAAAAUGCUGCUCGGUGACAUCGAGUUAACCAAACGCUUAUUGGUUAUAGCUGUUGUUCUUGGCAUUAUUUUGGUUUUGAAAGAAUACGUGUUUGUUUAUCCACUAUGACUCAACAUAAAGUAGCUUAUUUUUACAAUGCCGACGUGGGGAACUUCCACUACGGGCCUGGGCACCCGAUGAAACCCCACAGGCUUUCUGUGACGCAUAGCUUGGUGCUUAACUAUGGGCUUCAUAAAAAGAUGCAGAUAUACAAACCUUAUAGAGCCAGUGCUCAUGAUAUGUGUCGCUUCCACAGCGAGGAUUAUAUAGAGUUCUUGCAGAAUGUGACACCUCAGAACAUUCAAAGUUAUUCUAAAGACCUACUUCACUACAAUGUGGGUGACGAUUGUCCAGUCUUCGAAGGUCUCUUUGACUUCUGUUCAAUGUAUACGGGAGCUUCUCUGGAAGGAGCCAUGAAGCUCAACAACAAUGCUUGCGAUAUUGCUAUCAAUUGGUCUGGAGGUCUACAUCAUGCUAAGAAGUUUGAACCUUCAGGUUUCUGCUACGUAAAUGACAUAGUCAUAGCGAUUCUAGAGCUUCUGAAGUACCAUCCAAGAGUGUUAUACAUAGACAUUGACGUCCACCACGGAGAUGGUGUUCAGGAAGCGUUCUACCUGACCGACAGAGUCAUGACAGUGAGCUUCCACAAGUACGGCAACUACUUCUUCCCAGGAACGGGGGAUAUGUAUGAAAUUGGAGCUGAAAGUGGGAGAUAUUACUCGGUUAAUGUACCAUUGAAAGAAGGAAUUGAUGACCAAAGUUAUGUGCAGGUAUUCAAACCAGUGAUAUCCAACGUCAUGGAGUUCUACCGGCCCACGGCCAUAGUGCUACAAUGCGGCGCCGACUCGUUAGCUGGUGACAGACUGGGGUGCUUCUCAUUAUCAACGCGAGGACAUGGCGAGUGUGUCAAGUUUGUUAAGAACCUGAAUGUGCCCACUUUGGUUGUGGGGGGUGGAGGCUACACAUUGAGAAACGUGGCACGCUGUUGGACGUACGAGACGUCUCUUCUGGUUGAUGAGAACAUAUCCAAUGAACUGCCCUACACAGAGUACCUGGAGUUCUUCGCGCCCGACUUCCAAUUGCAUCCAGAAAUUAACAGCACAAACAAUGCAAACAGCAAGCAGUAUUUAGAAGCGAUUUCAAAACAUGUGUACGACAACCUCAAGAUGUGUCAGCACUCGCCCGCCGUGCAGAUGACACAUGUUCCAGGCGACUUCUUCCCUGAGGAAUACAGAAUAAAAGAAGAACCGGACCCAGACGUGAGAAUCAGCCAAGAGGAGGCUGACAAGAUCGUAGAACCCAAGAACGAAUUCUAUGAAGACGAGAAGGACAAUGAUAAGGAACCACCAGUCGAGAACAAGGAGCCAUAGCAUACGAAUGGCCUGACUGACCCGCUGGCCAUUUGACACGAAAAGGGUUACCGAAGAUACAGAAAAAAGUUUCUGUGAAUGAGUGCGACUGAGUGACUGAUAGUGCGCUUAUUUUAACAUUUUGUUGUGACUGACUGUGUGGUAUUUUAAGUUAUUUUGCUUGUGAUUUUUUAAGUGCUGGUUUAACCAUUCUUUUACGGCUGUUUUAUAAAGGCUGUGGCAUUAUAAAAACAAUGCAAGUGUAGGCUUUAAUUUGUACUUACAAAUACAUGUCAAAAUAUUAUUUCAUGUUUAUUGGAAUCUGUAAUGUAAAAACUGCCGUAAAGGAAAGGUUGAUGAAUUCUUGUAUCAUUUUAGUAUUAGGAAAAAUAAAUAUAGAUAUUUUUAUAUUUUGCGCCUGAAAAUUAUGAAGGAUAUAUUUUAUGCCUACCAUCCUAGGCCGAAAGAUUGUACAAUAAAAUAAUUAUUUAUUGUUUGUGAAUGUAUAAUUUUGUAACAUCAUAGAUAAGACUGCUUUUCUCUAAGCAAUCACUGUUCAAUAGAAUAAGCUUGUAAUUGCAAACUACUUUUGUUGUGUAAUUGGUCAAAAUUCAACCUUAUUACGAGGGAUUUAAGGUUGGUUGAAGUAAACCUUGAAAUCUGUUAAACAAUAUUGAUCAUGGAAAGUAUAGAAAAAGAGCAGACAGAUGAUCAAAAAAGGAUGUAGUAUUCCAAAA